AUGCUGUUCCGCACACGAGGGCUCGUCUUGGUAGGCGGCGUGAUGACGCUGGUCCUCUUCUUCUUUUGGACCAGCAAGGCCCCUGGACCUGGCUACUACAGCGCCGGCGGCUUCCAGAACCACGGCUGGCCCGUGAAGGCCUCGCUCUGGCGAACCGACCAGGAUGCGAGCUACCUCUGGAGUUCCGUCAAGGUCAAUUAUCCCCAUUCCGCCUUCCAGCCGCUGCCCACCGCCGCCCCCAUCAAGUACCCCAAGGUCCAGGCCACGUUCCCCGAGUUCACGGUGAGCGCCGCCGAGCUGCGCCGUGAGCGACAGCAGGCAGUCAAGGAGACCUUUACACGAUGCUGGAACGCGUACAAGAAGCACGCGUGGAUGGCCGAUGAGCUCAGCCCCGUGUCCGGAGGCCAGACCAAUCCCUUUGGCGGCUGGGCCGCUACUCUGGUUGAUUCGCUGGACUCGCUGUGGAUUAUGGACAUGAAGGAUGAGUUCAACGAGGCUGUUGCUGCUGCCGACGAGAUCGACUUUACCAAGACGGAUCUCAAGGAAGUCAACAUUUUCGAGACAAACAUUCGCUAUCUCGGAGGCUUCCUCUCUGCUUUUGAGCUCAGCAAUGACAUGCGUCUGUUGCGCAAGGCCGUCCAGGUUGGCGAGAUGAUCUACAAGGCCUUUGACACACCCAACCACAUGCCCAUCGCCCGCUGGAACUUCCAGGCCGCCAAGGAGGGCAAGGACCAAAUUGCCGGCGCUGGCGUUCUCCUUGCUGAGAUUGGCAGCCUGUGCAUGGAGCUUACAAAGCUCUCACAGCUGACGGGCGACCCUAAAUGGUUUGACGCGUCGCAGACUAUCAUGGACCUGUUGGCCGUGCAACAGGGCUCGACGAUGCUGCCAGGCCAAUGGCCUCUGGUUGUGGAUGCUAAGAGCCAGGUCUUCAACCAGGGGAAUACUUUCACUCUUGGGGCUAUGGCAGAUUCUGUGUAUGAGUAUCUGCCCAAGAUGGCUGCCAUGAUGGGUGGCCAGCUGCCCAUCUACCAGACCAUGUAUGAAAAGGCUAUGGACACGGCGCUGCAGCACAACCUGUUCCGGCCGAUGACACCUGAGAACAAGGACAUUCUCAUCUCUGGGCAGAUUCACGCCAAGAACAAGGACGGACAGAUUCAGCUUGAGUUGGAGAGCCAAGGCCAGCAUCUGGUGUGUUUCCUUGGAGGCAUGAUGGCGCUGGGCGGACGACUGUUCAACCGCGAGCAGGACAUUGACGCCGCCGUCAAGCUCACCAAUGGAUGCAUCUACACAUACCAGGCGUUCCCGCACGGAAUCAUGCCUGAGACCUUUUACAUGGUUCCCUGCGCCAGCCAAGAGGCGUGUGAAUGGGAUGAGAAGCGAUGGAAGGAGGGCGUUCUGAAGGAGGCUAAGAUCCAGGAAAGCGACACGGCGCAGGUGGACGCGAUUAUCAAAGAUGAGCAUCUCCCCAAAGGCUUCACAAAGAUCCCGGAUCGCCGAUACAUCCUGCGCCCCGAGGCCAUCGAGAGCGUCUUCAUGCUUUACCGGGUGACGGGCAAGCCCGAGUUUGCUGAGCACGCGUGGACCAUGUUCAAGGCUAUCGAGGAGGCCACCAAGACGGAGCUGGCCAACACGGCUGUAUGGGACGUGACGGUACCUGAUGAGAAGCCGCGCGAGGUGGACUCGAUGGAGUCUUUCUGGAUGGGCGAGACACUCAAGUACUUUUACCUCAUCUUCAGCAACCCAGAUCUUAUCAGUUUGGACGAGUAUGUGUUCAACACCGAGGCACAUCCUCUUAGGCGCUUGGUAGCCUAG